AUGGACUACGAUUUUUCCAAUAAAGUGGUGCUAGUUACUGGCGCAAGUGUCGGUAUAGGCGAAUCCAUAGCUCUCCUGUUCGCUAAACUUGGCGCGAAGCUGUCGCUGGUGGGAAGAAAUGAAGCUAACUUGCGAGCAGUCGCGGCCGAGUGUGAGAAGCAGAAGGGCGUGAAACCGCUGGCGAUUGUCGCAGAUUUGGGUACUAAUGAAGGAGUCGAAAAGACUGCAAAGGACACCUUAGAUCAUUUUGGACGACUGGACAUUCUUAUUAACAACGCAGCCAUUGGUGUCUCAACAUGGCUCCUGCACGAGACAGACAUGCAGGUGUUCGACGAUGUGUUCAGGAUCAACGUGAGGGGAGUGUACUACCUCACUAAGCUACUGGCCCCCGCCCUCGUCGAGACCAAGGGCAAUAUUGUCAACAUCUCCAGCAUUGUGGCCACAAUGGUGUCUGUGGGCAGUCUGCCGUACAGCAUGACCAAGGCUGCUCUAGACCACUUCACCCGUCUGAUAUCUCUGGAGCUGGCUCCUAAGGGUGUCCGAGUCAACACAGUCAGUCCUGGAGUUACUGUAUCAGAAUUCGUGAAACGUAUCACCGGAUUUACAGAGGAGCAGUACAAAGAAUGGUUAAUCAAGUUUAGUAAGAAGAUCCCCAUGGGAGAGCCAUGUACAGGAGAUGACAUAGCUCGCAUGGUCGUGCACAUCGCCAGUGACCACAGCAGACUGGUCACAGGGACUGUCGUGGAGGUAGACGGAGCGUACAAGUUCAACGGCUCGACACAAACUCCAUUGUUUGACGAAUAA